AUGGCCUCAGUCGACAACGACAAUAUUUAUUUCUAUAUUGUAAAAUUGCCGGAUAACCCGCCGACAAUAAGCGUGGGAAGGGACCCGCUGGACUACGGGGACAUGCUGCGCGCCAACUGCUCCUCGCCCCCCGCCCGCCCCCCAGCGCUGCUCAAGUUCCUGCUCAACAACUUGACGGUCGCAAGAAGCGAACCGCUCACACCGCGUAAGACAAUGGAGCAGGCCUGGAGCGAUCUGACGUUGGAGAUGGAGCUCUACGAGUUCCACUUCAGUCAAGGCAGGCUGAUUCUUAAAUGCGUUUCAGGUUGUUUUGUUACACAGAAGAGCUGGAUAAAUAAGACGGGACUAUUUAAAUAUUCCUGCCGCGUGACGCGUCGCGACGCGGCUCUAUUAAACGCCGCUUUGGCAGGCAUAAUUGACUUAAAAUUGCAAAAAGAUGAAUAA